CACACUGCAGGAGGACUUUGACGAGCUGCAGUUCAACGCGUCUCCGGAAGAGUUCACAAGCAAGAAGAUCACCACCAAGAUCCUGCAGCAGAUUGAGGAGCCUCUGGCUCUGGCCAGCGGAGCGCUGCCCGACUGGUGUGAACAGCUCACCUCCAAGUGUCCUUUCCUCAUCCCCUUUGAGACCCGACAGCUGUACUUCACCUGCACGGCGUUCGGAGCCUCCAGGGCCAUCGUGUGGCUGCAGAACCGGCGCGAGGCGACCAUGGAGCGCUCCCGCCCGUCCACCACGGUGCGCCGGGACGACCCCGGAGAGUUCAGGGUGGGCCGGCUCAAACACGAGCGGGUCAAAGUGCCCCGAGGGGAGGCCAUGAUGGAGUGGGCGGAGUCUGUUAUGCAGCUGCACGCCGACAGGAAGUCCGUGUUGGAGGUGGAGUUUCAGGGCGAGGAGGGAACCGGUCUGGGUCCGACCCUGGAGUUCUACGCUCUGGUGGCUGCGGAGUUCCAGAGGACGUCUCUGGGCAUCUGGUUGUGUGACGACGACUUCCCCGACGACGAGUCCCGACAGGUGGAUCUGGGCGGCGGCCUGAAGCCUCCCGGGUUUUACGUGCAGCGCUCCUGCGGCCUCUUCCCGGCGCCCUUCCCCCAGGACAGCGAGGAGCUGGAGCGGAUCAGCAAGCUCUUCCACUUCCUGGGCGUCUUCCUGGCCAAGUGCAUCCAGGACAACCGGCUGGUGGACCUGCCCGUCUCCCAGCCCUUCUUCAAGCUGCUGUGCAUGGGCGACAUCAAGUCCACCAUGAGCAAGCUGCUGUACCACAGCCGGGGGGCGCCGCCGGGCCACGGCGCCGACCGGCCCCUCCCCUUCCUGCUGCUGUCCGAGGCCUCCACGGAGGAGAGCCAGGAGACCUACUCCCUGGGGAGCUUCGACGAGGACUCCAAGUCAGAGUUCAUCAUGGACCCCCCCAAACCCAAACCGCCCGCCUGGUACCACGGCAUCCUCACCUGGGACGACUUCCAGCUCGUCAACCCACACAGGGCGAGCUUCCUGAAGGAGGUGAAGGAGCUGGCGGUGAAGAGGAGGCAGAUUCUAUCCAGUAAGAGUUUAUGUGAAGACGAGAAGAACACCAGACUACAGGACCUGAUGCUGAGGAACCCUCUGGGAUCAGGACCGCCCCUCAGCAUAGAGGACCUCGGGUUGAACUUCCAGUUCUGUCCGUCCUCUAAGGUCCACGGCUUCUCGGCUGUGGACCUGAAAACCAACGGAGACGACGAGAUGGUUACCAUGGAGAACGCUGAGGAGUACGUGGAGCUGAUGUUGGACUUCUGUAUGCACACGGGAAUCCAGAAGCAGAUGGAGGCCUUCAGAGAGGGUUUCAAUCGAGUGUUCCCAAUGGAGAAGCUGAGUUCUUUCAGCCAUAAAGAAGUUCAGAUGAUCCUCUGUGGCAACCAAUCACCGUCCUGGACUGCUGAUGACAUCAUCAACUACACAGAGCCAAAGCUGGGUUUCACCAGAGACAGUCCCGGCUUCCUGCGGUUCGUGCGCGUCCUGUGUGGGAUGUCGUCUGACGAGAGGAAGGCGUUCCUCCAGUUCACCACCGGCUGCUCCACGCUGCCCCCCGGAGGCCUCGCCAACCUGCACCCCCGCCUCACCAUCGUCAGGAAGGUGGACGCCACGGACUCCAGCUACCCGUCGGUGAACACGUGCGUGCACUACCUGAAGCUCCCCGAGUACUCCUCCGAGGACAUCAUGAGAGAGCGCCUGCUAGCCGCCACCAUGGAGAAAGGCUUCCACCUCAACUGACCUCUGACCUCCCCGAGCAUGCGCCUCAAGCCCGCCUCGCUACCGCGUGACGGACAAAUCAGCCGGCCAAUCGGACGGGCCGGAGGAGGAUCCGUGUGUGCGUUUGGAUCACACUUACACACACAAUCCUGCCUCCUUCAUCCUUUUUGUUUUUAUUUUAAAGCUUUUUUUAGUUUCUGUGUGUUUUUGGGUUGCUUGGCCCGGCCGCAGAGGUCAAAGGUCAUUUAGUGUUCUUCCCGACGCUCUAGAGACAAACACUGGUUGUGUGCGAGGCACGCGGAGAGGAAAAGAAAAAAGCUACGCUCCCCCUCUUGUAUUUUUCUUUGUAUAUUAUUAUAAACAUUUAUUUAACUCAAGUUGCAGUUUGAGGUAAAACGGAAAAAAGAUAUUUUCAAAUGUGUAAUGCUCAAAAAAAAUCAUUAAAAUGUUUGCAAAGUAUGAAGUGAA